ACGUCACUGCUUGACAGGAAAACCACGUAGCGGCUGUUUAAUUUCUUCAGAGACAUUUUACAGCACAAAGGCGCUGUGGUUUUGUUCUGUAAUAGCACCUCGCAACCCGGAAUAAACCCGUUGGCAGGUUGUAUAGUUGGGGAACUUUUGCACUAGUGCCGUGAGGGCUGUCGUUGUUGUCUUCACCUUGCCCAGUGUGUGUGUGUCUCCUCACACACAACCAGGAAGUGAGGUUUUGCCAGCUAUCAGCUAAGCUUACUCUCUGCGUUAUGAACGCCCAAAAGAGCAGGAAAACAGCAAAGUCACAGAUGUUACCAUAUAAACGGUUGUAAUUCGAUAACAACGGAAGCAACUUGGAGAACCGAGACGCCAAGCUCGUGGAUUAAUAAUACGGUUACACGCGAGCUGUCGAGAAAACAUUGCUAGCUAAUGUUAGCUGGCUUGCUAGCUAACAUUUUUUGGUGCUAAUAACGUUGGUGAAUUCACGCAGUUAGCGAGCAGGUUGGAGAGGGCUGAUGGCUAUGGCACACCGGAGAUAUUUGUUUGUGGCUGGGUUUUUACUCCUGCUGGCGGGAUGCGAUGCGAGGAUACAUAAACUCACCCUGAAGGAUGAAACUCGGUUUGUCGUCCACCUCAACACCUUUGGUUUCUAUGCCAACGGCACACUGGAUGUCAACCUGCUUUCUCUACGCAUCCCAGAGCAGUCAAAAGAUUCCAGCAUGCACCCUGUUGGUUUCAGUCUUGCCAAGUCUCGUGUGAGUGGAGUCCUGUCUUUCACAGCAGAGGAGACUGAUUCAUGCCCGCUUUCUACAAUGCCAAACAGCAACGAGCCCAUCAUCCUUUUUAUUCUUGAUAUUAACAACCUUAGUGUCAAUGUGAAAUCUUCAGGUGUGCGAGACAACCAGUUGACUGCAAGGCCCAAGACUAAUGGGCAGCCUUCUGAUGACAAAGCUUCAAGGAAGACAAGGGCAAGUCCUGAUGAUACUGUUGCUCAGCAAGCGGAUGAUAAAGCACCAUCAGAUGCUAAAGCACUAGAAAAAGCGCCGGCAAAUGAGGACCAAAAACCAGUUGAAAGCUCAAAGGACUCUAAGAGUGAUCUUGAGACGACGGGGAUUGAGCCAAAAGCAGUAGAAGCUGUGACGAAUGUGGAGGAAAAUGUAUUUCAGCUGUCGAAGACCAGCCCGGUGUCUUUAGCUCUGGACAAAGUAAACGGCUCCUACAGCUUCAGCUUCCACAUGGUGUUUGGCAAGCUGGAUGAAGGUCUGUACAACCUCAACUUCCACUUCUGUCAAAACUUGAUGGUUGAAAAAGACCUGCCCUACUCCUUCAGUGUGGAAGUGACAGAGAAGAAUCCAGAUGGCUACCUGUCUGCAGCAGAAAUUCCCCUCUCACGGCUUUACAUUUGUAUGGCUGGAGUGUUUUUCACCGCUGCCAUGGUCUGGGUGUACACACUCAUGAAACACAGGUACAGUGUGUUUAAGAUCCACUGGCUGAUGGCAGCCUUGGCCUUCACCAAGUCCAUCUCUCUGGUCUUCCAUAGUAUCAACUAUCACUUCAUCAACACUAAGGGCCAUCCUAUUGAAGGCUGGGCUGUCAUGUAUUACAUCACACACUUGCUGAAGGGUGCCCUGCUGUUCAUCACAUUGGCACUGAUCGGCACCGGCUGGGCGUUUGUUAAAUACAUCCUGUCUGACAAGGAAAAGAAGAUCUUCAUGAUUGUCAUCCCUCUGCAGGUCCUAGCUAACGUUGCCUACAUCAUCAUUGAGUCUACCGAGGAAGGUUCCAGUGAGUACGGCCUCUGGAAAGAGAUCCUCUUUCUCGUUGACCUCAUCUGCUGCGGAGCCAUCCUUUUCCCCGUUGUCUGGUCUAUCCGUCACCUUCAAGAGGCCUCCAGCACUGAUGGCAAAGCUGCCAUGAACCUGGAGAAGCUCAAGCUCUUCCGGCAUUACUAUGUGAUGAUUGUGUGCUAUAUCUACUUUACGAGGAUCAUAGCCAUUCUUCUCAAGGUGACCAUGCCUUUCCAGUGGCAGUGGUGCUAUGAGUUCCUGGUGGAGGUGUCUACUCUGAUCUUUUUCAUGUUGACGGGCUACAAGUUCCGACCAGCAUCCAAUAACCCCUACCUCCAGCUUCCCCAGGACGAGGAGGACGUAGAGAUGGAUGAAGUAGUGACUGAGUCAGGUGCACUGGAGGGCAUAUCGAAGGUCAAGAAGACGUCUAACGGUCGCGAGCGCCAGAAAGAGUCCACUUUGUGAGCGUGUAGCUGCAUCUUCUGGGAGGGACCCACUAAACAUCCCCGGGCCAGCUGGCAUACAGGGGUGCACACGGACCAAGGCUUCCCACCCUAGUGACAGCUUACCUUUGAAACUCUUUAAGUGGUUGCAGUGGUAGUGUCCACUGUCUGGCUAUGCAAAAAAGACAAAAAAAAACUACAAAAAAAAAAAACAAAACUUUUUGGACAGAUGGCUUAUUUCCUGGAACACUCCACCCGGAGACUCAGAAAGGAGAGGGGCUCCUGCCACUUGGAUGGAUGGGACAAUCCAGGAUAGAAUGAAAGAGAGCUGUCAUGUUCUUUAUAUUUCCCCUUUCUCUCUCUCUCUUCUCUCUCUCUCUCUCUCUCUCUCCAAAGAUAAUGAUCAUUUUAGAGAAGACUUGCUUUUGGUGUGUUUAUAACGGCUAUUUAAACGGUACUUCUGCAAGCUUCUUAGCUGUACCUUUUUUGUGUGUGGUGUGAGUAAAUGUGUGUGACAUUCGUAUGAGAGAGAGAAAACUCAUGAUUUGAACACAAUGGUACCCUUGGAGUGGUCAGACAUUAGCCCAUUCUCAGGUAACAGGCUAAUCACUUUAAAUGUGGAAUCCAAACAGCAAUCCUACAAGUUGCUUCCCCUUCUCACCAUUCAGGAUUCUACAGCGUCCUGUUGGUCAAUAUUGAUUAUUCAGCCUCAUUAUCACAUAUCGGUUGCUUUAUUUCUUAUGUAUUUGACUUGUAUAUUUAUUGAAAUAUACGUUUAAGAGGUUGUAUAUUUCAAUCUAUUCUCUUUCAUAUUGAAUAUUCUCUAUUUCAGUAUUACUGUUUUUGUUUGAGAGUAGGGAGUUUCUCCCAGUCGGCAUCCUGGACCACUGCUGUAAUUUAAAGUUUUGUUGCGGUUGAGGUUUUUCGCCACUCCUGUGAAUUCACUUAAGAAAUAUAAAAUUCAGUCCAGAUGGUGAUGCGUGGACCUCUUGAUGUAUAGCCACAAUUGUGCAGAGCAGUGGAGAAGCCCUUGGCCCUAGUGUGUUCACUGACGAGUUUUUUUGUUUUGUUUUUGUUUUUUUGCCACAGUGUGCCAAGCUGGGCUGAAGAGAAGUGACCUAACUGAUCAUUUUUGCGUUUGUCUGUUUUCGGUUUUACCUUGUGCAGUUGACGGUUAAGCUUAUUUUAUUCAUUAUUGGCAAUUUAUUGGUUAUGAACGGUUAGACGUGUGCAACUAAACGGUGGGGCAUUUGUAAAUAAUUUGAAGAGAAAGACUCUUUAUAUAUGGGCGGGCCACAUUACACUUUGAUAAGACUUGCAUAGAGGCUUUAUAAAUGCAGGUUCACACUGUACAGACAGGUCCGGUUUUGGUUAGAUUUUUCGAUUCCUUUUUAGACGAAGGAAAGAGUAAAGCUGAGGUUUCAAGGAAAGACUGCUGAGGUUUAACUACAGACACUCCUCUGUGGGGAUGACAGAUCUACCCAGGGCUCAGAGACAGAAACGCUGUCUCUGGGCUUUGUGCUCUAGCUGCAAGUGCUGGAGUAAACACAAUAAAGCAGUGGACCUAAUUGGAGGCAGGCUUGUCAGAUUUGUGCUUGCUACAGACGGUUGUAUGAUGUCUGUGUGAACUGUUAAAAUAAAGCUGGUGUUUGGAGAAGA